UUUCUGAAAUAGGUUGUAUGUAGAUUAAAUAUGAAAUAGAAUAAAUGCUACCAUUUAGGAAAAUUUUAAAACAUAUGAACCUAUAUAUUAUUUUGUCUUAAUCACUGUGUUAUAUUUUCCUGAAAGAUAUAUAUACACAUUUAAUAUUUUUUGUGUUUCACCUGCUUGCUUUUUCAUUGUUCUGUAACUUUUUCUUUUUUUUUUUGAAAAACGUUAUUUUCCUUAAGAUCUUUCUCUUACUGAUUCUUGUAUUUUGAUGUUUGUUUACUAGACCACAGCAGUUUACGUUUCAAGAUUCAAAUAAUUCUGUUGAUUCAUCAGCUUCUGAUAGUGACCCUAUGAGACAGAGAUUUUCUAUAAAAGCACACUCACAGUUACCCUACCUCGUUAUAUCUGAUGGAUAUAUGGUCACAACCCUUCGAUUUCUUGAUAACUUGUCUCCGUCAGUGCACAUGAGAUCACUUCUACUUGAUUCAACCCAAAGGCUUGAGAAAAUAUAUCAAAGUGUGAUCUUGUCUAAGCCAGAAGGCAAAGGACUGAAUUUGCGAUCACUGAAUUCCUUAAGGUCUAGCCUGUUAAAACACCAACGAAAUGAAAGUUCAGCCGAUUUCACUGUCCCCAAAUUCUUGCAGGCAGAAGAAACAAUAAAUUUAAAUGAAAAUACAGCAGAUUUUCAGGAUUUUGAAGCAGAAGAAACUAACAAAGACAGACACUUUCCAGACAAUUUAUUUCCUUUUUGGAACAAAAGAGAUGAUGGGCUGUGUAGUACUAUGAAGGAAGGAAGAUUGGAAUUUGCAUCUAUGUUUGAUACGAUACAUGCAAAGGAUGCUAGUGAGGAGACAGACAGAACCAUUACAGAACUGCAUUCUAUCCAGAAAAGUCUACUUGCUGCGUGGACUAUUGGAAUUUCAAAAACUGUGACAGAAAAAAAUUUAAUGUUAAAUUACAUAGUAGUUUGUAUCACUCAUUUUUUUUACAUUCUUCAAUUUAUAAAAUGUCCUUUUCCCAAACUUGAUCUUUUUUUAAGCAAAAGCUCAAGACAUAAUGCAUGGAUACUUUGUAUCUUUCAACUUUUUCAUCAGUGUUUAUCAAUCCAUUAUUGGGAUACAAGAUACAAACAAGAUGUGGGGCAUUUGAUAAAGCUGACCUCAAAUACUAUAAAACUUUUGCUGACUCAGCAACAAAAGGGUCAGUUAUUCUCAGAGAAACUUUUAGCCUGUUUUUAUUUACUCAGAAUGGUAGCUGACAAUUUAAAUGGUGUAUACAGUCUUCAGCCUGAAGUUAUUUCAGCAUCAGCUGAUGGAAGUAAAAUAACAGCUCAAGAUUCAUUGAUGGUACCUAUUUUUCAAAUGUUUCGAGAUAGUGGUUCUCAGGAAAACUGGUCUUGGAACUCAUUUUUCAAGAUUCAUCCUCAAGUAGUAAAUCUUGUGCAACAGCCAGGACACAGAUUGCGUAUUCUCUGGAGAAUACUGUACAAAAAAACUUUAUGGUAUCAAGCACAAUUAAAUCGAAGAGUUCCUGAAGCUGAUAGUCAGUUAACUGAAAAGAUGACACAUGAAGCAUCUACUGUCAAGUCCCUGUUAUGUCAUUUGCAGGCUAACCUACAGAGUACUGGAGAUUGCUUGAAUCAAACCUUAGAACUUAAAUCUAUCAAUGGGGAAGAGUGUUUCUUAUUAGGAUCAUAUGAAAAAUCUGUUCAGCUGUGGAAAAAAGCUCUACAAGAAAUCGGAGAGAAAGGAGGAGGAAGGACAUAUUUUCUUCAGAUACGCUAUUAUCUUUCCCUUUUAUACUGCCACCUCUAUAGCUAUAAUUUAAAUGAUGCUCAAGGAUUGUGUGAUCAGCUAGCAAGAGAAAUCCUGAGAUGGUCCCAACUACCUGUAAAAGAAAAUAAAGAUUUUUCAGGUGCUGCGAAGUCUCAUUUUGAGUGUGGAAUGGCGGGUGGUGUUCAUCCUGAGGCAGCAGUGAGAGUCGUCCAGUCCAUGGCUCGUUUCAUGGCUGCCUAUUUCACCAAUCAGCAGCUUUGCAUUUUGCCACCUCAUCAUGUAAAUGUUCUUCCCCCACUUCAUAUUAAAACAGAGCAGUCCUUUCGACUUAUUCCUCUGCAACACUCUAAGGUGGCCAGCGUCGUUAGAGAUCAAAAUCUCUCUAAUGUGUGGACAGUUGAAUAUGCACUUGAAUUGCUAUUUAUUGGUGGCCUGGUUCCAGAGGCUGUGUGGUUGGCAUAUAAACUUGGAGACUGGAAGACGUCUGCUUCAAUUGGUGUGGCUUUCCAGCUGUUCUGUAAACGUGAUAGCAAUUUCAUGAG